UGGUUUGGACUGUCUCUGCUAUUAGGCAACAUUCACGGCUGGGUAUAAAGCUGUCUUGCAUAUUCAUUCUGUUGUUGAGGAAUGCGAGAUUGUUGAGUUGCUACAACAAAUUGAUCCCAAGACAAAGAAACCCAAGAAAAAGAAAGUUCUAUUUGUUAAGAAUAGUGCUGUUGUUGUUUGCCACAUUCAGGUUUACUUCUUGCCUUUUCACUCUUUUGGAAAUUCCUAAGUGUCUAUUUUCUGACACUUGGAAUUAUCUAGAAUUAUGAAUGUUUUCCACUCAACAUGCUAUCAUCCUCCUGCUUGAUAAUUGUGGGACUGCUAUAAUUUCUUUGUAUAUAAAAGGUGUAGCAUUGCUCUGUUAUUUAUGCACCUUCCAAGCUUUCAAAGGUCUUAAGUGGUUGGAAUCUCUAACCAAUAUUACAUUUUGUCAAAUGCUUUUCACUGGCGGUUUAUUUUUAACAGAGAAAGAAGUUUUGCUUUGAAGUAGAGACUAGCCCAAUUAUAUUUGAAACAUUUCUCUGUGUUUGAAAUUUGCUCUAUGAAUUAUAUCUUCUUGGCAAUAUUGUCUCUGCCUCUCUGGUGAACAACUUGAUUUGUGUUGAGAGAUUCUCGGAUUUUGCACAACUUGGAAGGUUUACUCUUUGAACUGAAGGAAAAACAGUUGCAGUGGGCAAAGUCGUGGACAUUCCAAGUGCCGGUGUAUAAAAAAGUUUUGUUGUUAGAGGUGAGAAACUAAAUUUAUAGUUCAUUUUGAAAAAUACAAUCUCUAAUGGGAUGUUUAAUGAAUGGCUAAUUCACUCUGACAAGAACGUCCACUAGACUCUCCUUAUGAAUGGACGUAAGUUGCAACACAGAAUCAUCUUAAAUGAAGUUGCCGGUGUUAACAAUAUAUUGAUGUCUUAAGGAGAGGUGAGGUGCCAAUGCCACAGGUGCUAGGCAUUGGUACUUUUGAUAUACUUAUGGGUAUGUAAUGUUUAACUUAUAGACCCAUUGGCAUUUUUGGAACACAUGAUUGUAAUACAUGGUUUUCACAUCA